AUGAGCCAGUUGAACCCGUAUGGCCGGGGAGGUCUUUACUCAGAUGGGACUCCCUUGUCCGCUCCCCUAGCCCACCCAGUUCCUCACCAACCUCCUCCUCCAUUUUUACCCAACAACAACGGACCGCUCCUUCAAGAAGAUGGCAAAAUCUAUUCACUUGUAAUUGAGCUCAUGGAUCCCAAUACCCGUGAAGCUGCCCUGCUUGAGCUAAGCAAGAAACGCGAGCAAUAUGAUGACCUAGCCCUCGUUUUGUGGCAUUCAUUCGGCAUCAUGCCUGCGUUGCUCCAAGAGAUCGUCUCUGUCUAUCCUUUGCUUUCCCCUCCCAACCUAACGGCCCAUGUCUCCAACCGAGUUUGUAAUGCCCUUGCCCUCCUUCAAUGUGUGGCGUCCCACCAAGAGACGCGUCAGCUCUUCCUCAAUGGCAUGUCAUGGUUCAUUCGUGAUCUUGCUUAUACUUAUCAACUGCUUGCAGCACACAUACCUCUAUUCCUAUACCCAUUUCUCAAUACGACAUCCAAAACACGACCGUUUGAAUACCUUCGACUUACCUCUCUUGGUGUCAUUGGCGCGCUAGUCAAACAAAACGAUAAUACGACUGUCAUUCAUUUCUUGCUUUCGACGGAAAUCAUCCCAUUGUGUCUGCGCAUAAUGGAAACGGGCUCAGAACUUUCCAAAACGGUGGCCAUCUUCAUCGUGCAAAAGAUCCUCCUCGACGAAACUGGCCUGACAUAUAUCUGCCAUACCUAUGAACGGUUCUACGCUGUUGGCACGGUGCUGAGCAAUAUGGUCAAUCAGUUGGUGGAAACUCAGGCGGUCAGACUGUUGAAACAUGUUGUCCGGUGUUAUCUGCGUCUCAGCGACAAUCUCAGAGCACGCGAGGCUUUACGCGCUUGUCUACCCGAUCCUCUCCGAGACAAUACCUUCAGCGUUCUUCUCAAGGGUGACAUGGUCACGAAACGGUGCUUAACAACUUUGCUCAACAACCUGAAUGAACCAUAA